CUCGUGACUGGGCUCUAGGAAAGAUUCAAAAUGGCGGUCGUGAUGGAAGGACCUCUAUCUAAAUGGACGAAUGUUGUAAAAGGAUGGCAGUAUCGGUGGUUUGUUUUGGAUGAUAAUACAGGGUUGUUGUCCUAUUAUACAUCCAAGGACAAAAUGAUGAGAGGAACAAGAAGAGGAUGUUUACGUCUGAAGGGGGCAAACAUUGGAAUUGAUGAUGAAGAGGACAGCACCUUUACAAUAAGCUGUGAUCAAAAGACCUUUCACUUUCAAGCACGUGAUGCAGAGGAGAGAGAACGCUGGAUUAGAGCUUUAGAAGACACAAUCAAAAGACAUUCACAAGCCAGAAAGAGACCAAUGGCAGGUUUUCAGACUCUGUUUGAUCCCUCUCAAGAAAACUUGGAACAACGUCUAGCAGAAGCUGAUGCAUACCAGAAGAUUCUUGAACAACAAAUCAAGAAUUUACAUACUCGAAUGAGUGCUGAUACAGGAGCUCAAGAUUCACAGAGAAUGCUGGAGUCAAUGAAUCAUUGCUUGAAGCAGAUGUCUGCUCUAAAGAUUGAAUGUGAGAAAUCAGUUGCUGCAAGUACUUGUGUAGAGCUAGUGAUGCCAGUACUCAAUGAUCAUAACUCAGCCAAAAGCCCAGACCCUUCUCUUGCACAGGACAGUGAUAGAGGUGGGAAUGAAGGAGAGCAAAAUGUGGAAACUGCAGCAGAAAACAGAACCCUUAAGUCCAGUAAGAGUGACUCCUCACUUAAUGUGAGGGAUAAGUCUUCUUCAGUUUCCAGUGAUGAAGGAUGUGGUUUUGAAUCCUCUAAGGCAACAUCAAAAUCUAACCAUGAACUAUCAUCAUCUGAAAGAAGUGUUCACUUACAACUUGACAGAACAAGUAUUCACCCACAAGUUGGGUUCUCUUUGUCACCAAGUCGUGAUGAUCAUGUGGUACCAUUCACUUCAUACUCCAGUAGCGAGGAUGAAGAUGAAGUGGAAUUCUUUGAUGCAGAUGAGUUCCAUGACUCAGAAUCUGCACCGUCAAGCUCUCCUCCUCAGAGUAACCCAUUUUCAGCAUCCAAGAAGUGGAUGGAUCGAGACGAAUAUGAAAUAGAGGAUGAUGACACUACAGGAGGAGACCUUGAGGCUAUCGACAAACAUAGCAGUAUUAUCACUCAUUUGUUAUCUCAAGUGCGUCUGGGAAUGGACUUGACCAAGGUUGUUCUUCCGACGUUUAUCCUGGAGAGAAGGUCUUUGUUGGAAAUGUAUGCAGAUUUUUUUGCUCACCCUGACCUGUUUGUCGAUAUUGUGAACUAUUCACAUCCAAGAGAUCGUAUGAUAGCAGUAGUUAGGUGGUAUUUGUCUGCUUUCCACGCUGGUCGUAAGGGCUCAGUAGCAAAGAAGCCUUACAAUCCUAUCCUAGGAGAGGUGUUUCGUUGUUUCUGGGUUUUGCCUGAGUGUGAAACGUCAAGAACAGAGAAAUGUCCAGUUGAUGGACCACUGCCGUGGGCAUCAGAAGAUGACGUCACUUUCAUUGCCGAGCAAGUAUCCCAUCAUCCUCCAAUUUCUGCGUUUUAUGCAGAGAAUUGCAGUAAACAGAUAUCGUUCAAUGCACACAUCUGGACCAAGUCAAAGUUUCUAGGACUGUCAGUUGGAGUAGAAAAUAUUGGACAAGGUUGUGUGUCAGUUUUACCAUAUAACGAGGACUAUGUAUUAACAUUCCCUAAUGGCUAUGGCAGAUCAAUUCUCACAGUUCCUUGGGUGGAGAUUGGAGGAAAAACCAACAUAACUUGUUCUAAAACUGGAUAUCAAGCUGCAGUACAGUUCCAUUGCCGGCCUUUUUAUGGUGGUAAAAAGCAUCGUAUAACUUGUGAAGUAACUUCUCCAGAAGAUAAGAAAACCUUUCUUACCAUCACAGGGGAAUGGAAUGGACAAAUGUUUGCCAAAUAUUCCGAUCGAGAGGAACCCGAAUUAUUUGUCGAUACAUUGAGCAUGCCAACAGUCAUGAAAACUGUAAAGAAAAUUCAUAAACAAGAAGGAAACGAAUCUAGGAGAUUAUGGAAAGAUGUUACAAUAAGUUUAAAGGAUGACGAUGUGGAAAAUGCAACUGAAGCGAAACACAAGUUAGAAGAACGACAGCGAGCAGAGGCGAGAGAAAGAAAAGAAAAAGGACUUACUUGGCAAACAAAGUUGUUCCAUGAAGUGGGAGAAAACUGGGUGUACCACAAACCAUUAAUAACAAGGCUUGCCAAUCCGAGUCCUUCUAAAAACAAAUGAGUCUCCGCUGGAUACUGAAGCAGUGGCUUGAUGCUUGUUGCCGUGGAUACAUAUUCAUUCACCCAACUCACCCUAAGUCGAUGCAUAAGAUUCACGGUCCUAAAUACAGGUUUCUAAAAUAGAACUCAGUGAAGUGAAGCAAAUAAUUUAAAAUUUGAGUUGAAUUACUGACUUCUUAGCUUCUCAAUGAAUAGAACACUUCAGGGUUGUUUUUUCUCUUUUGGGAAUAAAUGUCUGGCACAAGCUAUUUUGAAACGCUUUUUUUUUUAAUGGAAAUUAAAACAAAGUAAUUAUAUCCGUACAAUUUUAAAAACCGGAUACUGUUCCAUAAAAACCACUAUGUUGGCUUUAAGAAGUAUUUUUAGCACUCUUUCGGCUGUAAAGGAAAAGAAAAGACGCUAAAACUAAAUUUCGAGCAAGAUAGCAAGACAAUAUUUUAAGUUUACUUCUUUGUGUCUUAAUUUACUGUUUAUCCACUCGAGGAGAAAAUACGAGAAAGACUGAUCCAAAUAUAGGUACUUAAGUAUGUGUAAUUAUCAAAAUCAAUUGCAACUCGUUACCUUAGGUUUUAAAAGAAAUUCAACACAUCUUUGGGUGUCGUUUACAAAAUGUCUAUUUAAUUUACUCAGCCGAAGUAUCCAUUUAUAUUACAAGGGGUUGAGAUCAUAUUUCAAGGAAGACGUCAGUACACUUGUAGAAGGAAAUUCUUGUCAAAGGAAUUUAAAAUAAGUCUUAGAAAAGAUAAUGAGAAGUGCUUUUGUACUGUUAUUGUUAAAGGAAAUAAAUUUAAAAAGCUUUUUACAGUU